AUGCAUGGUCCCGGAACACCAACAGAACGGUCGCAGCUGCUGCCUCCGGCGCCUGUAUCGUCGACAGAGGUUGCGUUACCGGCCAAUUUGGCGAUCAUAAUCAUUUCGCUCUGGACAGGCUCGUUUUUGUCCGCUGCAGACACCACAAUCGUGUCCACCACCGCAAACACCAUUGCUUCGCUUCUGCACGACUCGAACGGGAUCGCGUGGAUCGGAACGAGUUAUCUGCUCACCAACGCGGUGUUCCAGCCGUUGACGGGGAAAAUGAGCGAGCUGUUUGGCCGUCGAAGCACGCUGCUCUUUGCCCAGUUCUGGUUCGGUCUCGGGUGUCUUCUGUGUGCCUGUUCGAAAUCUGUGACUCAAUUCACCAUGGCCCGAGCUUUGGCGGGAAUUGGCGGCGGCGGGAUCUCGGCGUUGAGCUCCAUCAUCGUCACCGACGUGGUGCCUCUUAGAAUGCGCGGAAUCUUUCAAGGAUACGCCAAUUUGAUGUACGGACUGGGCCAGUUUGUUGGCCCCGUUCUUGGUGGACUGUGUUUGGGGGUGGACGGGAAAAACGGAUGGCGAUGGAUGUUUGGUUUGCAGGUUCCGUUGGUGGUCAUUGCCGCUUUGCUGGUCUCGCGAAAUAUUCAUGAGUACACCACCGACGCCGAGGAACGGCUCAAGAACCGGUUCUCCAAAAAGAACUUUUUGAAGAUCGACAUUGGCGGAUCCAUCACGCUUUCGUUGCUGAUUACGAGCGUUUUGCUGCUCUUCACGGCUUCCUCGUCCACCCAGGCGGUUGUCUACAUUGUUGCUGCGCUCAGUUUCGGUUUGCUGUUCUACGUGGUGGAAACCAGACUUGCAACCGACCAUAUCAUCCCGCCGUUUGCUUUCAAAGGGGUGCUUCGACUGGGCGCGUUCACCGCCAUGUUUGGUUCCAUGACAAUGUACGGAACAAACUUCAUCCUCCCGAUCUACCUGCAAACCGUGCACGGGCUGGACUCUGUGCAGCUGGGACUUUUCAACGGGUUUGGAGUGUUUUUUGUUUCUUUCGGCUCGCUAUUUGCAGGCUGGCUGCUCAAACACAACGCCGACGUCAAGGACGAAGAUAUCGUUGCCAAGGCCGUGCGAACCUCGAUUCUCGGUUUCCUGGCUGUGUUUUCAGGUAGCUUUAUCUGUCUGAGCAUCUGUUUGACCGCAAAGCCGGCAUUUGCUCCCGAGGACAGAGUGCUCUGGAAGAUCGCAUUGCUCGCGGGCAGCUACUCGCUUAGCGGACUCGGCUACGGAAUGUUCCUUGUGAGUCUGCUCAUCAUGGUGGUUGGAAUAGUCGGGGCAAAACACCAGGCUCCCGUCACCGGAAUGAACUAUCUGUUCCGAUCAAUUGGGUCUGUUUCCGGCGCAGGAAUCACCUUGAACAUCUACAAAACCGUUCUCAGCACAGAGCUUUGGCACUACUUCAUUAAAAAGAAGAGACCAGACGGAGAGAAAAUCUACCAGUCGUUGAUGGACAACUUCUUCUAUGUCCGUAACGGGUUGGACCCAAAAUACACCACCAAGGUGCUCAAGAUCUACAGAGAGGCGGUGAGCGACUCGGUGACAAUGGUGUUUAUUUUUGCCGCCAUGGCGCUCACGGCAAGCAUCUCGCUCAGAUUAUAUAGAAGAUAG